AUGGAUCAUAGCAUCUGUGUAUGGAAUGUAUGGAGCAGAGAUCAUAAGAAAGCUUGCGUCUUUAACUAUCAUAAUGCAGGUGUGAAAGAUGUGAAGUGGUCACAGCAGGGACUGUUCUUGCUCUCUUGUGGGUAUGACUGCUCAUCAAGGUUAAUUGACAUUGAAAAGGGAUUAGAGGCUCAGGUUUUCAAGGAGGAUCAGGUUGUUGGAGUCGUAAAAUUUCAUCCAAACAACUCCGACCUUUUUCUUUCCGGUGGUUCAAAGGGCCUCAUUAAAUUAUGGGAUAUUAGAAUUGGGAAGGUGGUCCAUGAAUAUAGACGAGGUCUUGGUCCAAUCCUUGAUGUAGAAUUCACCACUGAUGCAAAGCAAUUUAUUUCUUCCUGUGAUGAAUCCAAAGGCAAUAUCAGCGAAAAUUCAAUCAUUGUUUGGGAUGUCUUGCGGCAAGUUCCGCUAUCUAAUCAGUUAGCGGAUGGACUUGUGAAUAGUAGAUUUUAUGUUUCCCAACUGAUGCUUCCUUUCAUGGGCAAUUCUUAUCAACCGGUGUGA